AACUAUUUACAUGGCAGCUUGGAAAUGAUUAUUAUAAAUACCUCUCUUAGCAUAAGCCACCCUCGCAUAAGUUCCCACCUAAAACUUCCUUAAUUGAUUAGCUUCCGGUCGCCAGUUGUGUAUUUGCGGUAAGUGCAGUCUGCGUUCCCGUAAACGUCUAAGACAUUAAACACGCACCAUUUCUUCAUACUUUCGGUGUGGUCAAUGGAAAGACGAUGAUGCUAUACUGUGUAGGCAAAAAUGGUUUACCAAAUGUCUACGGCUGGUAUAAUAUGUGGAUCUGUCUCCAUGCAAAAGUCUAUCCAAAAUCCUAUUCUAAAUGCUACACCCGGUUAAAGAUAAUUCAAGAGCCUGUGGUUGCAAGAGCUUUAUCAGACCUGUAUCAGAACUGCAUCUUUGUAUCAAGAGUAUUGCAUCAAAGGUCUUCAACAAGAUUACCCUAAGCACCUAAAGCAAACAUCUUUACUCCCUUUAUCCAGCGCCAUUGUGAUUUUCUCAUAUCUAACUUUAAGUCCGUCCUACAUUUGUCCUCCAGAAAUCGAAACUUUUGUGAGCAACGACCCAAUCCCCUUUCUUGAAUACAUUUUAAAUCUGCUGCUGCUCAAACUGUGCAUUCUCACCAGAAGCAAAUUCAUGAAAAUGCAGCAGGUACAAGAAGAGCGUUUUGGAAUAAAACACCAUUGAAUCGUGUGGCGCAAUGGUUUGGAUUUUAAUGUCCCGCUUGCUUUUCUAAACUACAUUCUUCUUGCUAUAUCGAUCAAAAAUUCAUCUGUUAAUCAGCAUUCUAAGACUGGUGUUUGUGCUAAAUUGAAUAUUUUAGCUUCUAUUUAACUAAUGAAGAAUUGAUAACGAACUACCUCGAAGUCUUGAUUGGCGACGGCAGGGCGUCUUUUCUUGCUCUGAUCAAUGAAUCUCAAAAGACGAAUAUCAUCUUAUCGUGAUUUAACCAAGACGUAAACAUGACAAAAAUUACGCUGACAGUGUUGUUUUACUUGCCAUUACUUGCACAGUCGACGAUACUCCGUCUCCCUUGUCAAACCUUUGCCGAAUUCACAGUGUUCCACAUGGACAAAGCUCUUAAAGGCCACGUAAUCAAAACGGAACGCGAUGUGGACGACAUUGGAUGCACGAGGAAGUGCGUGGAGCACCACAAAUGUCGAUCAUACAACUUAAACGUGCAGACCAAAGAGUGCCAGCUCAACGAAAGGCGACAUGGAGAAAACGGUACGCAGUUGGUCGAUGCUCCUGGUUGGUUGUACAAAUCGACUGAUUACAGCAAAAAGUUGAUUGGUGCGACAUGCCGAGCUCUUAACCCAUGUCCUUCUCACAUCCUAUGCAGAGAUAAAUGCACAAGCCCGUUUUAUGAAUGCGUUUAUUGCGAUGCGAAUCACCGUGGGCUACACUGUGACAUUCCACUUGAUAAAAACGACUGCGAGAAGAACCCUUGUCAGAAUGGCAAGUGUGUGGAUGAACAUGCCAGUUAUUUUUGCAUUUGUGAUCCAGGGUUUACGGGAAGGAAUUGUGAAUCAGACAUAAAUGAGUGUGAGAGCCUUCCUUGUUUUAAUGGAGGAACAUGCAGAAACGACGUGAACAGAUUUCAGUGUAACUGUCUUGCUGGAUAUUCAGGAAUUCAUUGCGAAGAAGAUAUCAACGAAUGUGCUAGUACUCCCUGCCAAAAUGGAGCCACUUGCAUUGAUAGAGUCAACGAAUAUACCUGCAACUGUUUAUCAGGCUACACAGGAAAAAGGUGCCAAACUGAUGUUAAUGAAUGUGCCAGCAGCCCAUGCCGAAAUGGAGCCACUUGUAUUGAUGAAGUCAACAGAUACUCUUGUAACUGUGUACCAGGCUACACAGGACAACAAUGCCAGACUGAAAUCAACGAAUGUGCCAGUACCCCAUGUCAAAAUGGAGCCACGUGUGUCGAUAGAAUCAACAAAUAUUCUUGCAGCUGUUUACCAGGCUACAUGGGACAAGAAUGCCAGACUGACAUUUAUGAAUGUGCCAGCAGUCCGUGCCAAAAUGGAGGGACUUGCGUUGAUAGAAUCAACGGAUAUACAUGCACCUGUGUCGCAGGCUACUCCGGACAACAUUGUCAGACUGAUAUUAAUGAAUGUGCAAGCAACCCAUGUCAUGUUGGAUCCACUUGCAUUAAUGGUGUCAACAGGUUUACUUGCAGAUGUGAUAAUGGCAAAAUAGGUCUACUCUGUGACACUGCUCUAGAUUACGUCGGCUGCUACAAAGAUAGUGGAACGAGGGCACUCCCGCAUGUGAGAGGGCUAGAAGUUUCCGCAGGGCAUCUUACAGCUAACUGCAUAAGGGCUUGUUUCGCAUCUAAUCAACCAUAUGCUGGGUUGCAGUACCAUAGCCAAUGUUUUUGUGGAUCAUCAUAUAAUAUCUACAGGAAAGAUGACGAAAGCACUUGCUCGACAAAAUGCCGAGAUAGCACUGGAAUGUAUUGUGGUGGAAGCUGGAGAAACUCUGUUUACAGAACAGGCGACUCCUAUCGACCAGAUCUUGUCUUCGUAACUGAAGAUCGAAUCCUUUACAUGCUAGAGCUUACUGUUGGGCUGACAGUGUUGUUUUACUUGCCAUUACUUGCACAGUCGACGAUACUCCGUCUCCCUUGUCAAACCUUUGCCGAAUUCACAGUGUUCCACAUGGGCAAAGCUCUUAAAGGCCACGUAAUCAAAACGGAACGCGAUGUGGACGACAUUGGAUGCACGAGGAAGUGCGUGGAGCACCACAAAUGUCGAUCAUACAACUUAAACGUGCAGACCAAAGAGUGCCAGCUCAACGAAAGGAGACAUGGAGAAAACGGUACGCAGUUGGUCGAUGCUCCUGGUUGGUUGUACAAAUCGACUGAUUACAGCAAAAAGUUGAUUGGUGCGACAUGCCGAGCUCUUAACCCAUGUCCUUCUCACAUCCUAUGCAGAGAUAAAUGCACAAGCCCGUUUUAUGAAUGCGUUUAUUGCGAUGCGAAUCACCGUGGGCUACACUGUGACAUUUCACUUGAUAAAAACGACUGCGAGAAGAACCCUUGUCAGAAUGGCAAGUGUGUGGAUGAACAUGCCAGUUAUUUUUGCAUUUGUGAUCCAGGGUUUACGGGAAGGAAUUGUGAAUCAGACAUAAAUGAGUGUGAGAGCCUUCCUUGUUUUAAUGGAGGAACAUGCAGAAACGACGUGAACAGAUUUCAGUGUAACUGUCUUGCUGGAUAUUCAGGAACUCAUUGCGAAGAAGAUAUCAACGAAUGUGCUAGUACUCCCUGCCAAAAUGGAGCCACUUGCAUUGAUAGAGUCAACGAAUAUACCUGCAACUGUUUACCAGGCUACACAGGAAAAGAAUGCCAAACUGAUGUUAAUGAAUGUGCCAGCAGCCCGUGCCGAAAUGGAGCCACUUGCAUUGAUGAAGUCAACAGAUACUCUUGUAACUGUUUACCAGGCAACACAGGACAACAAUGCCAGACUGAUAUCAACGAAUGUGCCAGUACUCCCUGCCAAAAUGGAGCCACUUGCAUUGAUAGAGUCAACGAAUAUACCUGCAACUGUUUACCAGGCUACACAGGAAAAAGAUGCCAAACUGAUGUUAAUGAAUGUGCCAGCAGCCCGUGCCGAAAUGGAGCCACUUGCAUUGAUGAAGUCAACAGAUACUCUUGUAACUGUUUACCAGGCUACACAGGACAACAAUGCCAGACUGAAAUCAACGAAUGUGCCAGUACCCCAUGUCAAAAUGGAGCCACGUGUGUCGAUAGAAUCAACAAAUAUUCUUGCAGCUGUUUACCAGGCUACAUGGGACAAGAAUGCCAGACUGACAUUUAUGAAUGUGCCAGCAGUCCGUGCCAAAAUGGAGGGACUUGCGUUGAUAGAAUCAACGGAUAUACAUGCACCUGUGUCGCAGGCUACUCCGGACAACAUUGUCAGACUGAUAUUAAUGAAUGUGCAAGCAACCCAUGUCAUGUUGGAUCCACUUGCAUUAAUGGUGUCAACAGGUUUACUUGCAGAUGUGAUAAUGGCAAAAUAGGUCUACUCUGUGACACUGUUCUAGAUUACGUCGGCUGCUACAUAGAUUCUCAAACCAGGGCACUCCCGCUUGCAAAAAGGCUAGACAUUUCAGCAGGACACCUUACAGCCAACUGCAUAAAGGCUUGUUUCGCAUCUAAUCAACCAUAUGCAGGGUUGCAGUACUUUUACCAUUGCUUUUGUGGACCAUCAUAUGACAUCCACGGGAAAGGAGAUGAAAGCACUUGCUCGACAAAAUGCCAAGAUAGCACUGGAAUGUAUUGUGGUGGAAGCUGGAGAAAUUCUGUUUACAGAACAGGUGAGAGCACUUCUCAGACUUCAGAUUUUAGAAGAAAUCUCAAAAGAGUAUCUCCGAUGGAACUUAUAAACAAUUUGAAGUAUUAUUUCAGAUCUUUCAACUGGUUUUUUCUCUCAUGCAGGCUACAAUUCACGUAAAAGAUACAUACAUACAUACAUACAUACAUACAUACAUUUUUUAUUUUUUAAAGCAGGUUAGAAAGUCUGGCAACUCAAAAGAGCUGAUGUGGACCUGCUAUAAAUUAAAGGCUAAAGGAAAUAAUUAUUACAUCAUGUAAAAGAUCAAAAAAUUCAAAAAAUUAUUUACUAGCAGUCUAGUAAUAUUUAAAAUCAUUCUCUUUGUUUAAAGUGAAGUUAUUUAUUGCCUGACGCACCUUUUUUAGUCUUUUUUUGAAAGUUUGUACACUUUCUGCGUCCUUAAUUUGGUCUGGGAUAGAAUUCCAGAUCAUUGUUGCCUUGUAUGUGAAACUGUUUCUCCCAGUGUUUGUAUUAUAUCUUUUCACUUCGAACUGGAGUUUAUUUUUUGUUCUUUGUUUUUCCGGGUCUUUCUUCUGAAACAUCUGUGCAAUUGAUUGUUCAGCUGAUCCAAAGUAUAUCUGGUGCAUUAAUGUGAGCAGCCUCCGUUUAUACAAAAAUGAGAUUGGCUGCCAAUUUGCUCUUGCAAGGCUCUCUUCAUUACUUAAGUUUCGAGGUAGAUUGUGUAUUAGCCUCGCUGCCCUAGCAUGGUUAACCUCAAGCAUAUUAAAUGUAGCUUCAGAACAGUUCCUCCACACUGAAA